GCAGUCAAAUUGAACUCGAGCCACAUAUGCCCCCGCCGUUGCAGCCGCUCGCCGCGGCUCCCGCCUGCGCGCGCACGCUGGCCGACCUCCUAGUUGCGCUCUCAGCCGCCCGCGCGCUCCCCAAGGGCCAGCAGCUCCAUGGCCACCUUCUCAAGGGCGGCCAUCUCCCCGCCGUCGCCUCCUCGCACGCGCUGCUCGCCCACCACCUCCUCACCUUCUACGCCCGCUGCUCGCUCCCCGAGCUUUCCCUCCGCGCCUUCCUCGACCUCCCCGCUCCCCCCUCCCCCGCCGCAUGGUCCUCCCUCAUAUCCUCCUUCGCCCAGAACGGCCUCCCGGCGGCAGCCUUUGACGCCUUCCGCCGCAUGCUCGCGGCCGGGGUCGCCGCCACCGACCGCUCCAUCCCCCCCGCCGCCAAGGCCGUCGCAGCUGCCGCGGACUCCUCGCGCCCUCCGCUUGCCCCGCACGCCCUCCAUGGCCUUGCCUCCAAGACGCCGUUCGCGGGCGACGUGUUCGUGUGGUCGGCGGUUCUUGACAUGUAUGCCAAGUGCGGGAACCUUGCGGACGCCCGCCGGGUGUUCGACGAAAUGCCGGAGCGGAAUGUUGUCUCGUGGUCUGCCCUCAUUGGUGGCUACGCGGAUGCUGGGAUGCAUCCUGCAGCACUCUGCAUCUUCCGCUCGGCACUGGAGGAGGCUGUGCAGGUCAAUGACUUCACAGUUUCGUGCAUUGUUCGUGUAUGUGCUGCAGCCACACUCUUUGAGCUUGGGGCUCAGGUACAUGCCCGAUCUAUAAAGACAGCACUUGAUGCAUCGCCGUUUGUGGGCAGCUCGCUUGUUUCUCUGUACUCGAAGUGUGGCCUUGUGGAUUGUGCUUACCAGGUGUUCAGUGCAGCACCUGAGAGAAACCUUGGGAUUUGGAACGCAGUGCUCAUUGCAUCUGCACAGCAUGGCCAUACUUCCACAGCAUUUGAACGUUUCACAAAGAUGCAGAAUGCCGGGUUCCGUCCUAACUUCAUUACCUUCCUUUGUUUACUCACAGCAUGUAGCCACGCUGGUCUUGUCGAUGAGGGGAAGCGAUAUUUUUCCCUCAUGAAAGAAUAUAGAAUUGAACCGCAGGUUGAACAUUAUGCUGCAAUGGUUGACCUACUUGGUCGUGUAGGACGUAUAACUGAAGCACUGGACCUUAUUGAGUCAAUGCCCAUGGAACCACCUGACUCUGUUUGGGGUGCACUCCUAAUGGCAUGUCGCAUGUUCAAGGAUGCAGACACUGCGGCAAUUGCUGCAAAGAGACUGUUUGAGACAGGGUCUCGCAGCUCUGGUGCACACAUGCUCUUGUCAAGCACGUAUGCAGCUGCAGGAAGGCAUGUCGAUGCAGCACUUGCAAGGAAGGCAAUGCGUGAUGCAGGUAUACGGAAAGAGACUGGUCUUAGCUGGCUUGAGGCUGCAGGGGAGGUGCAUACCUUUGUUUCAAACUGCAGGAGACAUCCAAGAAGCAAUGAAAUUUAUAAUGUGCUGGAGAAAGUUGGUAAGAAAAUGGCGGCAGCUGGUUAUGUGGCAGACGCUAGUGCAGUGGUUAAGGAUGUGGACAGAGAUGAGAAGUGCGCAUCACUGGGGUAUCACAGCGAAAGGCUAGCAAUAGGGUUAGGGCUCUUGAUUGUUCCGGAAGGUGUGCCAAUCCGAGUUAUGAAGAACUUAAGAGUGUGUGAUGAUUGUCACAAUGCAGUUAAGUAUCUCAGUAAGUGUACAGGAAGAGUUGUGGUUCUCAGGGAUAACCGUCGAUUCCACCGGUUUGAAGCUGGGUUGUGCUCUUGUGGGGAUUUCUGGUGAUCUACACCAUUCUCUUUCCUAUUGCCCUUAUUGGGCAGUUUGGCUCACAUGGAUUCAUCGAUUGGGUCUUUCACUUAAAGUACAUUUCUUUGAUAAAUGGGUCUAUGUGAACUCAGAAGCUGAUACGAGUCAUAAAGUUUAUUUUGGCAUUAUGGUGAGGUGAUGGAUUCAAUUUUAGGGCUGCUUGGAAAUUUUGCAAUAAGUCUGGUCACUUAGGAUGAAACAAUUCUUGGAUAUGGAAGAUGGCCACAUAGUGCUACUAUAUAUUCAGGGACGACAUGACUCUGUGGCCUUCUUAUUUGCAGUAUUCAUACAAUGUACCAUGGAUCCACUGGAACAUAGCAUUUUUUGUAGAAUAGUUAGAGAAGAACUCAUGAUAUCAUCUUAUGAGUUAUGGCAUCAUACUGUGGUGCAUAUUGCUUUCACAUGAGUGUAACCAUAGCCCCUCACAGAGCGAUCGAACAUUAGUUGCACUUGUUUAUUCCAUUUUAUCCGGGAGAAGAUCAAAAUGGGCCACUAAACACACUGUUGUGCAUAUCUCUCCACUGUUGUGAAAUCGACCGCUUCAUGCUUUGGCAGACCCAUGUGUUCAUGCCUUUUUCUUGGGCUUGUCUGAUAAUCUGCAUUUAGUAUGUACACUUUCAUUCCAAUGCCCUGCGAGUCCUAAAAGAACUGCCUCUCCAGUUUCAGCGAAACUGCAAAAUAUUGAUUUCUUUGGAUUGGAUGUUGUCACCUGUAUUUGUAUACUGAAACUGCUGGGCUUAUACAUGCUCUCGUGAGACAGAUCCUUCAACAGGAUAUCCUUAGGGUCAACCUCAGUUCAAUGAUUUGACGCUACUUCCUCCUGCACAGAAGAAUGACUGAGAAACUUUCCGGGAAGCAUGCUCUCAAUAACAGGGAAAUGAUGGCUGGAUCCUACACUGGUGGUUAUGUCUUUCUAAACAUAAGUUUCAAUUAUUGUAUGGCCAGUGUCACUAUCUGUAAUUCUUCUGUGAAGGAACUAGACUCUGAUUGUGUACACAAUCACUGGUGUUAUUGGCCAGAGUAAAAUCUUGGGCAAAAGACACUGUUCAUUGCUGGUCCCAAA